UGUACGAUAUUUUAUCGAUAGAAAUAUUGUCAUAUGAAACUAAAAUUUAAUACCAUGAGCGUAACUUAGAUUUUUUUUUUUUUCCCUUUUUCGAAAACAUCAAAAGGAUGUUAGUUCAAAACUCUCCAUCUCAACGUACAAGGGAAAAAAAUUAGGAGAAAGUUAUCAGUUCAUAAUUCCGGAGAUACUGAACGAAGAGAGAAAGAGAGAGAGAAUGGGAAGAUUCAAUCCGUUUGGAUCCAUACUGAUCCGUCUCAGUGAGGCAAAGGUGAUGAAGAUUCCCCAUCGGACGCCAUUGCUGUUCCUGCUGCUUCAACUUCAAGCUUCUAUAUUUUUCAACUCUCUAUCGAUCGUUUCCUCCCUGAAUCAUUCCUCCUCCAACGACGACAACAAUGCACAUCUCUUCCAGGAUGUUUUGAAGGAAUUAGCGGCAAAGCAGAAGUGGGAUUUGGAGGGAAUUAAAAUAUUGGAAUUUGAUGUUGAAAGUGUGAGGUUUGGAUUUGCGGAGAGCUAUGAGAUUCGUCUGGGAUUAGGGAAAACUCGGCUGUUGGCUAAAUUUUCUGACGAGGUGUCUUCGUGGAAAAAACCGAGUUAUGCUAAUGAAACUAGCUUCGGCUCUUUAAUUAAUGGCAUCGGUUCUGUGGCUGUAAUUAGGUCGUUCAAAAUUGUGGGUCCUUUUGAUUUGAUGGUUGAAGGGGAUGCUCAUCUUUCUAUCUUAUUACCUAACAAUGCCACUCAUGCUGGUCUUAAACGAAUUCUGGUGGGAGAAGGCAUAACAGUAGAAGUUAGUGACGCUGAGGAGGUCUCUGUGUUUUAUUCGUCUAAUCUUUCCAGACUGCUGAACGAAACCAGAACGAGCAAUGGAAAAGUCAGGACUUACCCUUUCCGACUUCCAUUUUGCUCACCUUUGCUUCCUCUACGUGUACUCGGCUCUGCAACAUUGUCUGCCUAUAGGACACAAAAUCCUAAUGAUUAUAUAAGAUCUAGCUUCCUUUCCAAGGAUUCAAUUGAGUUAUUGCCAGACAAAUGCUUUAGUAGAAAUACUCACACAGAGAAUUCUCCCCUGCUUGAUUCAUUAAAACCGCAGUUUAAUAUGCUGGAAAGUGUUUUUCAACGUUACUUGAGUAAUUGGAUCCUUCAAAAUGGUUUGCUGGCCUUUGUUAAAGUUAAAAUGAGAGCAUCUGUUGUUGUUCAGUUUCAGCUAGAAUUAGAAAAUACUUUUGGAACGAAUAGUAGUCGCUAUGCUAGAUUGGCAGAGUGGAGAACUAAGCCUACGGUUGAGCGUGCAUCGUUUGAAGUAUUGGCUAGGCUAGAUGCUCUGAGGCUGAAGCCUCUUGUGAUUAAGAAGUUAAAGCCUUUGAUUGUGGCAGAUUCAACUGAAUGGAGGAAUCUACUGCCAAAUAUAUCCUUCACCAAGUUUCCAUCUCUUCUUGUCCCUCCCGAAGCUCUAACGCUGGAUGUCAAAUGGUAGAAAAUAUUCUUCAAGAUUUUAGUUUUUUCACAGAUCAAGGUAAUAUCCCUCUCUUGCCAAGCUUGUUUAUUAGUUUGGUAAAUGUACAUUGUAAAUGAACAGUAAGAAUUUUCUUGCAUCAUGCUAGAAAUUUCUUGCAUUAUGCUUCUUGUAGUCACUAGUUAAUAAAGCAAUAGAAGCAUCAUAUACUCUUUAGUUUUGAAUGUAGAGAUGUAAACUAUUUUCUGUGCAUAUGAUAUUUGCAUUUAUGGUUUAGGUUAUAUUGGAUUACACGGCUUCCUUAGUUCUAUGGAUUGUAUUUUCAUGGUGAAAAAGGUGAUCUGGACUAUGUGGUAUAUAAAACUACAGCAUUGAAACAACAAUUUAUCAAGAAAGAAGUUUUGGAGCAAUGUAGCACAAAUUAUGAGGCCCCGUUUGGUAACCAUUUGGUUUCUAGUUUUUGUUUUUAAAAAUUAAACCUAUUUCAUUCACAUUUCGUACAAUGAUUUGCAUAUUUCUUAAUACAAUGAUUGAAUUUUUAGUCAAAUUCCAAAAAUAAAAACAACUUUUUGAAAGUUACUUUUGUUCAGUUCUCAAAAUUUGACUUGGUUUUUUAAACAAAAUGUUUACCAAAUGGGCCUGAAUGUUUUAAUGUCUAAAUCUUCCGAAUUAAUUCAUGCAUGAAGUAUAGCAGAUGAUCAAACCUUAGUAACUAGGAAAGAACCCAGCAUCCAUACACGCCCUCCCUAUGAGGCUUUACUUCACCAACUUAGCUUGGUCACCUUCAUUUUCUUGCGUCUAUACCAAGAUGCACUAGCCAGUAGAAAUAGUUCAGCUGAUCUCUGUUCAGAAUAUUACUAGCCAGCCAGCCAGCCAGCCACCAACUCGAUGGAGGCAUCGAAUUCCUGUCACAAUGCCCGUGAUUCUCUGGGGCGUUGGAAGAGAUCCUAUAGUGAGAUGAGAACGAGAGACCAAAACCAUCCUUGAAAAUUGAAGGAGAUGGCUUCUGCCUUUGGAGGUGACAUUGUUUCUGUAAAAUUGCUUUCCAGCGCAGAGUUACUGGAAGAUUAAUGUUUCGUCGGAUGCCCAUCCAGUGACCGGCGGUGGGAGUGUGAUUGGAUCGAAGGCCGUAGCCGGCAGCCCUGGUAUAAAUGAAUCAACGACGAGACCAUGUCAACGGUACUGUUGCGGAAGCCAACUUUGAGGUGAAAAUUCCACGUUCACAGAUUUUUCCUAUUUUAAUGUUUCUUUGAAGGGUUAAAAUACCCACUGGUCUCUGAGAUUUAAGGUUGAUGUAUAUUUGAUUAAGUUUCAAAACGAAUAUUUUAGUUCUUGAUUAAUGGAAGGUUGAUUGGAUUGUUAAGUGCU